GGGGUGUUACACCGAAGUGACCGAAGUCAACCAAUCGUGUCAUAAUGAGAACCAUGUAUUCUGAAAUACUUAUUUUUUGUGGCCUUCUCGUACUAGUUAACACUUAUCCGGCCCUAGUUUAUGACUACUAUAAUCCGAAUACCAGAGAUGUGGAAGAUAUAGAAUUUCGUGACAACUAUCAGAGUUCUGACUUGGAGAGUCCGUGUUUACGGUCUCACAAUGGUGAUGUGAAGUGUUUCUUUUAUAACGAGAUUUCAGAAAACAUACCUGAAACACCGGAUUAUUCGUCGAUACCAGAGAGCCCAAUAGAACUAGCUGGAAGACAAUUGGAGCAAGAUUCUAUUUAUGAAGAAAAGCGCGAUUUGGUAAAUCCAGCAGCUACAGAACUUUUGCCACAGAAUCCUAACUACAACGCCUAUAACUACGAAAGCUCUCCAAUACGUACGUACAUUCACGGUUUGGUUCCUCAACAUUCUUCAGCUUACUACGGAGAUAUAUAUCCAGCUGUAAAUCCAAUGCCUUUUAAUCGUCUCACGAGGAGAGCUACAAGUUACGAAGAGUUCUUGGCUCAGCUGUCGCAUGACGCUCAGAUGAACAAUAUUCUACCAACAAUGUCCUAUCUGAGGACGGCGGGACCUAAUUAUUACGCACCAUAUGGUAAUGGCCCAGUCCAGGCUACUUUCCCUCAGGCUGUUGGGGGCUGUUCAAGACCACUUCUAUUUGGCUGCUCCCCGAUUAUUUACCAAGGAGUUAUGGCACAUAAGGGAUACGCAUACCCCCCAGCAGUACAAGUAUUACAUCCAACCUCGUACAAGGAGUCACUGCGGAACCAGAAAGUAAUUCGCAAUAAAGUUAAACCACCAGCUGAUAAAAAUAAGCAAGAUCAUCGUGAAGCUUUGAAACUCUCGAAAGAGCCUUCUGAAGAGUUUAUUGCCAAUUAA